AUGGUUACUAACUCUGCUCAGAUACCAACUACUGAAUUGUCAUUAACUCAGAUUGUGCAACGUAUUAUUGAUAUAGAAUCAAGUGUUAAAACUGGUGCUAGUGCAAUGGUUGAUCCUCUUAAGACUACUGUGCAAAUCAGACACAGUACACUUGGUUUUUUGAAAGCUGAUAUUGAUGAGACUGUGGCGGAAAUAGACCGAUUAGUUACUGAGUAUGAAGCAGCUACUAAGGCAGAUAAGGAGAGAGUUUUGAAAAGAACUAUCUAUGCUAAAAUUGAAAUCUUAAUUGGAGCUCUUAUCUACCAUGAACAAAGAAGACAAGAUGGAUCGGCUAAGAACAAACAAGAACUGGCCCGGACUUUGCCUGAACUAAGUCGAGCUAUUAUUGAAGCGACUGGGCGAGUACUUAAUUUAGCUAAGAGUACAACUACUCAUUUUCCUUUGGUUAUUCAUUUAUGUCGGUGUUUAGUAGAUUUAAGUCAAGCCUUUGAUUUCUUUGUGCCUACUGCUUACUAUUUGCUUUACAUAAUGAACCAGAUGACUAAGAUAGCCUCUUCUUCGGCUCCUCUACUACCUAUUGCUGAAAAGGCUAUUAAAGUCCCUGAGAAGGACAUUACCUCAACUGUUUAUCGUGAGUACGUACUAAAUAAUGCUAUGGACUUACUAGCCACUACUUUAAUCCAGUACUCAACUAGUUUAGGCUUUCCCGAAUAUGCUGGUUUCAUUAUUGCCGAAAUCAAACGGGUCAGAAACUCGCCUAACAAAAGCAGCUCCUGGAUUAAUGCUAAGAUCGAGCAGGUAGCUAAAGCAGCUAAGGAACAUUCUGAGCGUAUUGUGAGUUUACGAGAAUCUUUAUCCGUAAUGGAUGAGGAGGCCGUCAAGCGAUUAGAGGCCAAAAUCCAACCACUUCACAUAGAUAUUGAAUAA